AUGACAAUACAACAAAAUUCAACAUCACAAAGAAGCUUGAAAAGUAACAUAAGAUCUACAAGAAAUCGAAUCCAUUCAAUUCUUUAUGAUUCAGAAUGGAUUAAAGAAGUUCAAGAAUCUUAUAAUUUACCAUUAAUACCCAAUGAACGUUGUGGAUUAUGGUACGUCGCACCUCAUUUAAGAAAAGAUACAGCUUAUUUUAAAUCAACAGAUGGUCAUACAAAUGAAUGGUCUUUUUCAACAAGAAGAUUAAAUUUCCAUCUCUUGGAUUUAAUGUUGGAAAAUAAUGGAUUAAUUAUUGUGGAUUCAACAAGAAGAGGUAAAACUAUGCCUGAUGCUCUUUCUAAAACAAUUCCAAUUUGGUGUGCUGUUUUGAAUUAUAUCAUGUUUGGUUCAAAUGAGACAAAUAAUUGGUGUUUUGUACCACCAUCAAUCAUCUCCAAGAAUGAACAUAAUUCAAUUAUUAAAUUAAUUCCAAUUUUUGCUAAACAAGUGGAAGAAUUAGGUCUUAUAACUAAAAAUAAAUUAAUUGAGAAAUUUCAAGGGAAAUAUAUAAGACCAUUAUGGAUAUAUCCUGGAUUAUCAUUACCAUUUGAACCACCAAUUUUUGAAGAUUUCAUACCAGUAAUUAAUUGUGUUGCAAGUUUUAGAGCUGAUGAUGGGAAAACUACUCUAAGAAAGAAAUUAAAUGAUGAAACAUCUGGUAUAACAAUUGCAGAAUAUCAAUAUGUUCAAGGUGCUGCUGAUGAUCAUGAAUUAUGGUCAUUUAAUCUUACGCCUGAUCUAUUAUGGCAACAUAAAGAAGAAUUAGAAUUAAAUUUACAAAUUAAGAAUGAUGAUGAAUUGAUUGAAUAUAUUCAAGGUUUAAAGUUGGAAAGUUCUUAUGAAUCAUCAUCCACUGAUGUUGUCUCAUUGACUAAUGAUUUAAGUAUUGGUAAAGUUGUUGAUGAUAUUGAUCCAAAUACAUUAUUACAAUUUGAUGUAAUCAUUUUAUUAUCCAAGCAAUUUAAUUUUAAAAAUCUAAAAGAUGACUCCAAACAAAAAACAUAUAGAUAUGAAUUAUCAUCAGAUAAAAAAGGUUCAAAUGAAUUAAGGAAACAUGUUGAAACAAUCUCCUCCCAGUUCAAUGGUAAUUCCCUGGUUCUUUGUGAAACUGGUACAGAUUUAUCACCUGCUGUUGCAUUAUUACAAUUGACAACAAAAUUUAAUACAAUGUGGGAACCAGUAUUGGAAAGACCAAUAGUUACCAAAAACACUAUUAAAAAGCAUUUAGCUAAGAUUUUAGAGAAAAAGAAAGUUAAUCCAAGUAGGGCUACUUUACAGAGUAUAAACACAUAUUUGAUGUGA